GCCUUGCUUCCAACCAAUUUCAGGAGAUUAUUCCUGUUCUGCUGGCCAUGGACCCUUCCACCUUUAUCGAUCCCUAUCUGACCCCGCCCGAUCGACUGGUCCUCGAUAACCUGCUGCUCGAUAGCCAAUCCACCCCGGAAAAGACCAAGUCAUCCGGCGGGACCCCCGAUGUCCCAUCAGAUGCCGACGCGACCGUCAGCCAACUGGAGGCCUUUAAUGACCCCCGGCAUGCCGACUUCGUCCCUACCAUCUUCUUCACCUGGGAUUUGAAGGACAUCAAGCUGCCUCCUCUGCUAGAUGCAUGGCUGCUGCAACCGUACAUCAGGGCCGCGCGGUCCAUCGUCCGGGUGGACACCGACGUGGUCAUGCUCACCCACCUCUUGCUCUACUUCACCACCUCUGUGCCUAGUGCUAUCUAUCUCUUCCGUAACUUCCACUGGCUCCAUGGCGUGCUGCACUGGAUCAUGCAGUCCUACUACGUGGGCACCUAUACCCUGAUGAUGCACCAGCACAUCCACAUGGGGGGUAUCCUGAAAAAGCGCAAUUGGUGGCUAUUCGACAUGAUCUUUCCCUACAUCACGGACCCGCUCAUGGGCCACACCUGGAACUCUUACUUCUACCAUCACGUCAAGCAUCACCACGUCGAAGGCAACGGCCCGGAUGAUCUAUCUUCAACGAUCCGUUACCAGCGCGACAGUCUGGCCGAUUUUGCCUGCUACGUCGGCCGCUUCUACCUCUUCAUCUGGCUGGAGCUGCCCACCUACUUCCUGCGCAAAGGAAAGACCCUGCUGGGUUUGAAAGCCGCCUUUUGGGAACUCAGCAGCUACCUGAUGAUGUAUUUGCUCUGGAACUACGUCAGCUGGAGGGCGACUUUGUUUGUCUUUGUUCUUCCGUUCCUGCAGCUGCGUGUGGGUCUCAUGGUGGGGAACUGGGGACAGCAUGCGUUUGUCGACGAGACGGAUCCCAACAGUGACUUUCGCUCCAGUAUCACCUUGAUUGAUGUAGCGAGCAACCGCUUCUGCUACAAUGACGGCUACCACACCUCGCACCACCUGAACCCGCGCCGUCACUGGCGCGACCACCCCCUCGCCUUCCUGCGGCAAAAGGACCGGUAUGCAUCCGAGCAUGCCCUCGUGUUCCGCAACAUCGACUACAUCAUGAUCACGGUGCGACUGAUGCGCAAGGACUACGACCACCUGGCGCGGUGUCUAGUGCCGAUGGGCGACCAGAUUGGCAUGACGCAUGCAGAGCUUGCGGCGAUGCUGCGUCGCAAAACGCGUCGCUUCAGUGAGGAGGAAAUUAAGCGGAAGUUUGCUUGAUUUCCUCUUUCCGCUCAUACAUUUUGUGCUAUACCCUAGCUGCUUCUGGAAGUAAUUCCGAUACUGGAAGAGGAGUUAGGGUUGUAUAUACAGAC